UCUAGGUGGGGACUAACUGAAGCUUAGUAUCUCUGUUCCAUCUUGUUUCGGAGUUUCAGCAAUGGUUCCUCAAGCUUUGUCAGUGCCCGCUAGCGCCAGCUUCACUAUAGCUUCUCGCUCCAGAACUCCCUCCCACGUUGUAUUUUCUCACAGAAACCCCUCUUCGGUAGCUUCUUCUUUUCCAAGCCCAUAUGGCAAUUCAUCAGAAGUUGGGUUGUCAAGUAAAAUUGGGGGCUUUCCUUUAAAAUUUGAUGAGAAAAGUAUCCAUGGUGCAAGCACAAGUUAUGGUGCAAUUGAGGCCAGUAAGGGGAAUCCAUCAAUAACACCAGCAGUGAUGACUCCCGGAGGACCUAUUGAUCUGUCAUCUGUUUUGUUCAGGAAUCGUAUAAUAUUCAUAGGGCAGCCAGUCAAUUCACAAGUGGCUCAAAGAGUUAUAUCACAGCUUGUGACUCUUGCUACUAUUGAUGAAAAAUCAGAUAUACUGGUAUAUAUAAAUUGCCCCGGUGGAAGCACCUAUUCAGUAUUGGCAGUCUAUGAUUGCAUGUCUUGGUUGCUUCAAUUCCCUAUCAGUUGUCGAUGUUUCUACCUGAAAGAAUUUGGUGACUCCAUCUUUCAGAUUAAGCCCAAGGUUGGUACCGUUUGUUUUGGAGUAGCUGCAAGCCAAGGAGCACUUCUCCUUGCUGGAGGAGAGAAGGGAAUGCGCUAUGCGAUGCCAAAUGCUCGCAUUAUGAUACAUCAACCACAGAGUGGAUGUGGGGGUCAUGUUGAGGAUGUCAGACGCCAAGUGAAUGAAGCUGUUCAAUCUCGCCAUAAAAUUGACAAGAUGUAUAGUGCUUUUACGGGGCAGCCAUUAGAGACGGUGCAGCAGUACACAGAAAGGGACCGUUUUCUGUCUGUUUCUGAGGCUUUGGAGUUUGGUCUUAUUGAUGGUGUCCUGGAAACAGAGUAUUGAUCACAAAUUAUUUGCAGGAUAUACAUCUUAAAGUGGUUGAAAAUGUUAAUUUCUGUCAAAUUGAUAUUGUAGAAUUUCAUCAAUUAAUGAUAAUGUGCAAAUGUUGAGAAUUAUAUUUUUUUUCUUAGUUCCUCGUAGUUGCUAUUAUUGAAAAUUACUUCCAUGGAAUGGUUU